AUGGUCAAGUUCUUAAAGCCAAACAAGGUUGUCAUCAUCCUCCAUGGAAGGUAUGCCGGAAAGAAGGCUGUCAUUGUCAAAAACAGCGAUGAAGGCACCUCAGCAAGACCCUACCCACACGCCGUCGUCGUCGGCAUUGAAAAAUAUCCAUUAAAAGUAAACAAGACUAUGGGCCAAAAACGUAUUGCAAAGAGGAGCAUCGUAAAGACUUUUAUCAAAACCAUCAACUACAACCAUCUGAUGCCAACUAGGUACAACCUCGACAUUGACUUGAAAAACAUUGUCACCGCCGAAGUCGCAAAGGAACCAUCGCAACGUGUCGAGGCCAAAAAGGCAAUCAGAAAGCUCUUUGAAGAACGUUACAACUCGGGAAAGAACAGAUGGUUCUUCCAAAAACUCCGUAAGUAG